CUCUCUCAUGAAUAAAUUUUAAAAAAUCUUUAAAAAAAAGCAUCAACUGCAAUCAAUUUGCAUUUGAAAAUUGGACCAAAAACCAAAACAAAACAACAAAGAAAAUUGGACCAACACAAAGACUUGAUAUUGUGGAAUGACUAGCAAACAAGCAAUGUCAUUUGACAGACAAGAAAUGCUCAUGUGUUAUAAUGGGGAAGUCCUUAUUUUUCAAUUGUCUAAAGGAGAUUUUGCAAGUAAAGGGCCUGCAAAAAUACCCGUAUUACAUGUCAGGAGAAUGGUAUUUGACAGAGGAACAAGAACAUUUGUUCAGAAGUCUACUGGAUUCCUUAUGCUAAAAGAAGAAAACUCUCAUUUAAAAAUUAUGUGUUGCAACUGUGUGUCAGAUUACAGAACUGGAAUCAAUCUCCCUUGUAUUAUGAUACAAUGCAAUAAGAAGAAUAACAUCUUCAAAUAUUUUCUUCUAUUUCUUCACAGAACCAAUAAAUUUGAAAAGCGAUUGAGUUUUAAACUAAGGCAUGAGUUGAAGGAUGGUGUAAGAGUCCUUGAUGGCCCUUUAGUUUUAUGGAGACACGUGAAGACAUUCUACUGUAUCUCUUCCCAAACCAGCAGAAUUAUUACUGUGUCUGUUAAUAUUGCCUCUGUUGAGUGGGCAGGGGAGAUUGAAAAUCUAGGUAUGGUUUUAUUAGGAGCAAAGGCAAGUUUUUUAUCUGAGGAGGACUGCACCAAAAAGCUUUCAAAAUCAGAUUAUGAAAUUUGGAAUACCAAAUUUUGUGUAUACUCCCUUGAAAAUGAAGAAAUAAUAAGUGAUACAUACAUUAUCCCUCCUGCUUAUAGCAGUGUAGUAACUUAUGUGCAUGUCUGUGCAACUAAGAUUGUCAACAACCAGUUAAGAAUGUCUGUGAUUGCCCUUACUCGGAAGAAUCAGCUGAUUUCAUUUCAAGAUGGGACUCCUAAAAGUAUUUGUCAGCUUCCAUUUGGAGAUCCUUGUGCAGUUCAACUUAUGAAUUCAGGCAGAGGAGGAGACCUUUUCAUCGUAUCCUUUAGGUCCAGUGAUGCUUGUGCCAUUUGGAAAAAGAACUUUCAGGUUGCUGCUAAGUGGGAAAAAAUUAGCUCAGUACUGAUAGAUGACUUUCUAGGACUUGGAAGUGAACAAGUACUGCUACUUUUUCAGGACUCCUUGAAUUCAGGUUGCCUGAGUUCAUUUAUAAUAACAGAUCUUGGCGACAUAAACUAUUCAAGUGAAACAUUGGAUUGCAAUGAAGAUGACUUAUUUGAAGACAAAGAACAGAAUUGUUAUUUGAUGAUUCCACCUCUGGAAAGAAGAUUGAAAGUUGGUUUGGCUUCUGUUCAGGAAUUGCAGCAGCAUCUCUUGGUUAAGGAAAAAAUUAUUUCAAAAUCUUACAAAACUUUAAUAAACCUGGUUCGAGGGAAAGAUGAUAGUACAUCAUCUACAAGUGCAGAGAAGGCACAUCUUGUUACUCUUUGUGGUAAAGAAGAAAAUCCUGUCUGUACCUUUGAUGAAAAGAUAGCAGACUGUUUUCAAGAUUCAGAACAGCUAGUAGAGAAGAUAUGGUAUCAUGUAAUAGAUGACAGUUUGGUUGUUGGAGUGAAAACCACAUCUUUGAAGCUGUCCCUGAAUCAUGUGACUUUAUCCCUGUUAAUGGAUCAAGCUCAUAGCUCCAGCUGUCGGCUUAUUAAAUGUCAAAAUAGGGUGAUCAAGUUGAGUAGAGAAUUUUUCCCAGCACCAUGCUCAGUGCCAUGUGAAAUAGGAUCAGAAUCCAAAAGGAUCAAGUUGACUGUUGAUAGUGAGGAAGAGGGAAAGGAAGAGGAAAAGGAAGAGGAAAGCUUUGUUUGUGAACAGUCAUCUAAGAAAGAGUGUGGACAGGUCAUUACUGCUGUCACAUCUCUUUCACCACUUUUAGCAUUCAGUAAUUUUUGUUGCACCGUGCUGCUACAAAUUAGGGAGAGGGAAAAUGGUAAUUCUUCUGAAGAUCAUUAUAUUCAGUGUGGCAGACUUUUUUUAAGUCUAGAAGAUCUUUCAAGUAGGCAAUACCUGCUGAUAUUUCCAAAGAAGAAACCUAUAGAACACGUGGAAGAUCUCUUUGCACUUCUCACAGCAUUUAACAGAACUUGUUUUCAAAUCACAUCAUCCAGCUAUUCCCUGACUUCAAUGAAGAUGUGGCUUCUAGAACACAUGAAAUGUGAAGUAAUCAAAGAAUUUCCAGAAAUUUGCUUUUGCAAAAGGCCAGGAAGUUUCUAUGGGACACUCUUCAAGUGGAAACAAAGAACACCAUUUGAAGGGAAUUUAAUAGUCUAUUCCAGGAAUCAAACAGCUUUGUUCCAGUGCCUUCAUAAUCUCAUCACAGCUCUCCCUAUAAACUGUUUCUUCAAAAACCUAAAAUUAGGAAGUGUCGAUUUCCUAAUUGAUCGUUUGGCAUUAACUUUGGAGAAGGAAUUGGUUACCCUUGGUUCUCUUUCUUCUGCCUUAGUUAAGGUUGGAAACAACUUGGUGCAAAGUUGUGAAGCAAGCAAAGAAAAGAGUAGUGGUGUGGCGGCUUUAUCAGACAGAAAGGAAAACAUCCAUCCCUACAGAAAAGAACUUCAGAGAGAAAAGAAGCAAACGUUGGGGACGAACCUAAAAGUGAGUGGUGCCCUUUAUAGAGAAAUGACUUUGAAAUUAGCUGAGGUUCAGCUGAGAUCAGACCUUGCUGCACAGAAACUGGCUGGUUUAUAAUUAUAAUCUUAAUUUGAUUAUAUUUUAAAAUAUGUUUUCUCUGCCAGGACAUUUUGGUUCCACAUUUGUUUUCACUUUAUAUUAUAUGCCUCCUUGGCAAAAAUAAAGAUCGAGGCUUGUAGAAUUAUAGGUAGCAAUGCCCAAAAUAGCAUGCCUUAGAGCAGCAGUUCUCCGCUGGGGACAUUUUGCUUUCCUUCUGCCUCCACCCCUACCCGGGGGCAUUUGACUGUAUCUGGAGACUUUUUUUUUGGUUGUGAGAAGUAAUUGGGGUUGGGGAGGGUAAGGUAGGGUGCUAUUUGCAUCUAGUGGGUGGAGCCCAGGAAUGCUGCUAAACAUUCUGCUGUGUGCAAGACAGUUCCCACAGCAAAGAAUGAUCCUGCCCAAGAUGUCAGUAAUGCGGAGGUUGAGAAAUCCUGCCUUAGAGUUACCACUUGAGUGAAGGCAGAAUUGAUCUAACAUUAUUUUGGUCUAAAUUUUCAAAAAACUUAAAUAGUCUUUUUAUUGUAUCGUAUUUAGUAAAACCUAGUAUAAAAAAAUUAGCUUCAAACAGAUAAACAAGGUUGUCAGGAUUCACAAGUCUCUGUAAACAUGCAGCUCCUGUGGAAAUUAAUUGCAGAGCAUCUGGGUGAGACCAUUAAAAUGAAAGUCUUUGAGCCCAAUUUUAAUUUAAAUUUUAUUAGAGAACUUCUCUGAAAUUGUGUAAGUCUAUAGGAAUAUGAAAAAUUUUAGGGCAUUUCUCUGAAAAGCAUAUUUCUUUCAAAAAGCUAGGCAUGCUGCAUAGGCCAGUAGUUGAAAAAAAUUGAAAAUGCCUUUAAGCCAUUUGUAAUUCUAACCCUAGGCAAAGCUAAAAUAUAGAAUUCUAACUAAAAUAACUUAAGGUAUAUGAUGCUCCUUAGGGACUGAGAAAUUUAAAAAUAAGUGAAAAUUCACUUAACAGUUAAAAAGUGAUUUUUAAGGGGUCCAAUGAGACAUUUCAAAGGGGUAAAAAUUUAACCUAUUCUUUUUUUGGAAAAAUAAGAAUUCUGGAGUAAUAGGAGAAUGUCAGGAGAGGGGAAGACACAAAAGGAUAUAGGCCAAAAGGAAUGUUUCUGAUUCUUUUUGCUUUAAAAUCCUUAAGUGAGAUGGAAGUUUUGAUCUGAGUUGAAAGAAAGAGAUGAUUAUAGAAAGUGGCAUUUCAUGCUUGCAGCUCUGAAGUGCUAAUUCCUUCCAUGCCUUCAAAAUGCUCGUACCUAAUGAUCUGGUGAUGCAGAUGGGGUUUAGAAAAUACAGGUUAUUAUUUUCUUAUCUUGCUUUUCAUGAUUGUCCAUAUACUAUGCUACCUCCUGUUUUAGUAAUCCAUUACAAAUGGAGAUAGAACUCUAUUUCCUUGAAAUGUCAAUAGAAAAGAUUUCAGAAUUUCUGGAAAUGGAAAUGGUAUCAUUUCAGGAUUAAUUAUAGAGAUCUGGAAGCAGUAUGUGUCACUCACUAGGUGCAUUGAAACUGCUUGUGACAUGUUCUGAAAGAACAACCAUGUGUAAAAUACAUUUUAGUUCCUACAGGAACUAAAUUGAAAAACAAGGGCAAUCAAAAAGUAAAUAGAAUUUAAUUGUAAUAGUUUAUCUGUAGGAAAGUUAGGAUAAUACAAAAAAGCACGUUGCAUAUUUUUUUUUUUACCUAUAAAGGCAACCAAAAAGUAUUAAUCUAUAUACACCAAGUAACCUCUUUGCAAGUGAGUUUUGUACUCCAGUAUAUUUUUUCUACUUACUACAAACAAGAAAAGCCAAAGUUGGAAGGGAAUGAUGGCCUUGCUACUCUCUCAUGAUUCAGUAAUGUUUGCCCAUAAGCACAUUCCUCUGACCACUUUCCUCGUUAUAAAUCGGAGCUUACCCUCAAAAACAUGCUUCUCUCAAAUCCACACUGAAGUGAAAAUGAUUUUUGUUUUAGAACAGAGCAUACCACAGUUUUCAGGCACAAAACUUUCUGUUGUUCUCCUAAUCCCUUAACUAAGGAAUGUGUGCAAGUCAGCUUAGGUGUAGUAUAUAUGUACCAUUUAUUGAUUGCCAGCUCUCUGCCAAACAGCUUGAAACACAUAUACACACAAAUAUCCAUAUCAAUACAUAUUUAUGGUGACAUCCUUCACAGCAACCCAUAAAGUAUAAUUAUUAGUAUUGUCCCCGGUAUGAAAAAAAUGUUAGACAAUUUAAGGGUGCACACAAGCAAGUUAAUACUAUAUACACUUGUUACAAAUAUUUUCAAAAUGUGCAGAUCCUUUUAGAAUUCUAAUAAUAUAUAAGUGAAUCUUUUAUUGUCCUGGUAACAUCUCUUUAUACAAUAUAAAACUGAACACUCAGUUUUUUCCUAGUCUUAGGAGAGGUCUAAUUAACAUAUUUCUCUGCCUGUCCUUCCCAAUAAAGGCAAAAAGAAGUCAGCUGUCCAGGCUAGAAAGCUGUGUAAAACUUACUUUCUCUCUCUCUCUCUCUCUCUCUCUCUCCUAAAACUUGAACAGCACCAGAUACUGAGAGGUAUCCUUUCUCUUCCUUAUAUUCAAACUUGUGGAAACAUUACUAUCCAUUCUAAGAAUUUGAAAAUGAAAACUAUUUCUUAGGUAACCCCAUCUGGAGAAAGUUACGCUUUUACUGCCAAAGCUAGUAUGGUGUAAUGGAAAGAAUGCUGAUCCAUAAACUGUGUACCUAAUUGAAUCCUUUGGUUUGUUCUGUUUUCCCUUUUUGGGUUCCCUGGAUCUGUUACUUGAAUUGCUUUCUGCCUCAGCAAAAUAGCCCUGUUCUAUAAA